AUGGUGUCGACUGGUCUCUCCGCCGAGCUCUCUAUGAGUGACUCGACGAUACUCACUGGCAUAGCGCCCUUGGACACAGCACCUCUACCACCAUCAACGGUAUCGACACUUUCACGGCUUUUCGAACACCGAGCGAGAGAACGACCGAACGAUGUUGCCUUCUCUUGCCAGACCGGACAUUCACUGAAGCGUGUAACAUACGCUGAGGCAGAUGCUGUUGCAGCAUCGUUGGCUGCACAGCUAGUCCGACUUUUCCCAAACAACGAUGCAAGCAGCAACUCAAAGCCUGUGGUCGCCAUAUGGCUGGAGAAGGGACUGGAGCUGAUCCUUUCCAUUCUGGCCACAACAUACUCAGGUGCCACAUGGCUGCCCUUCGACCCGGACGUCCCAAUAGAUCGUGCGGUGGUCUGCAUUCUCGAUGCUGGUACAUCUGUCAUUCUUUGUGACGCAGACCAUCUGGAGAGGGCACACGAUGUCGAGCAGCGUGUCACAACUAGCACUAAUGCUGCUGGCAAGUCGCCGUUGCAGGUACGCAAAAUCAUGGAUCUUCUAGCACAGACGGAAAUUGCUGCAGCACCGUCAAGACCUGCUGGUCCAGGUCCACGAGAUGCAGCCUAUCUGAUUUACACCAGUGGUACGACCGGCACACCCAAAGGAAUUGCAAUACCUCACUCCGCGGCAUUAAUGUUCUCACUAAGUGAGAGAGAAGUUCUGGGUACCAGCGCGAACGAUAUCGUAUGGAAUGGCUUUAUCACGAUCGCUGGCGGCGGGCAUCUCGCUAUUGGUACUAGAGAAGAAUGCAGAGAUGUUGGUGGUCUCCCAUCCGUCUGGGAUGCACGUGGUGUCACCCUUGUAAACGCGGUGCCAACUCUUAUUGGCAUCAUGGGCAUCUCGCAGAUCGACACCGAUGCUUACCUCCUGCCAACGUGUAUAAGGCUCAUCAACCUGGGCGGUGAAGCUUGUCCACCCUCGCUAGUCAAGCGCCUUGCACGGCCUGGCCUUCGAAUCGUCAACACAUAUGGACCCACGGAGACAACCGUCACUGCCACGUGGGAUGAGCUUGUGCCAGAUGUAGCAGUGACCAUCGGUCGACCGCUACCUUCAUACCAUGCCUGUAUCCUACCCAUACCAGAAGAUGGACAGCCUUUGGCCAGCUCAGUGCCUCUCGAACUCCAGGAGGGCACAGAAGGCGAGCUUGCCAUCGGUGGACCAUGUGUCGGUCUUGGCUAUGUGGGACGGGCAGACCUUACAGCGCAAAAAUUCAUGGAUCACCCUCUGGCACCAAACACCUCACAAAAGCUGUAUCGCACCGGCGAUAGAGUCAGAUUACAAGCCGACCUUAAGAUUGCAUUCCUCGGCCGCAUCGACACUCAAGUAAAGCACCGCGGAUUUCGAAUCGAGCUCGGCGAAAUUGAGUCUCGACUCAGCAGCUAUGCAGACGUACAAGCUGCCGCAGUGAUUUUGGCCAACCCCAACACAGACACAGCUCGGCUGGAAGCAUUCGUGGUGAUUCGACCGGGAGCCGAAGAAGACGUCGCAUCGAUACACCAGUUGGCUGCACAGCAUCUUCCUGCCUACAUGCGUCCAGAGGAAGUCUACUACCUCGAAGCCAACGAGAUGCCUAGACUUCCUAGCGGCAAAAUCAAUGCCAAGGCGCUGCACGAUGUCUCGGUGCACAAAGCAGCAGAAGCCCUUGCGCGCAGGCAAGCCAGCAGCGAUGCUUCGACCGAAGUGGAUGUGGACAUCCCGGAGACCUGUCCGCUUAGAGUUCUCAUGAAGACAUUGGCUGCCGUCUUCCCGCAAGCAGGCCACAUCAAAGUCGACGCCGACUUUUUCGACGACUUGGGCGGCCACUCACUCACAGCUGCCGUGCUGGUAUCGCGUCUGCGGCAAGCGAAGUCAGAAGAAGACUUCAUGCCAUUUGCAUCGAUAGGCCUUCCGGACAUCUACGAAGGGCGCACUCCAGCCAACAUCGCCGCUCGCUACACCUUGCCAGACGAUGACGACAGAAGCAGCACCGUCUUCGGCUCUGAUUGUCAAGACGCCGGUCCGCAGACUGGAGAGUGCUGGCCUGUGUCGCCGACGAAGUUCAUCCUCUGUGGUAUUGCGCAGAUCAUUCCACUGCUCUUCCUUUUCUUCAUCGCAUCCAUCGACAUCUUAGUGCCAUAUCUUUUGGCUGACGUGCUGAUCAGAGGCCGGAACUUUGGCUAUGCCAUUCUUGGCGCCUACGCUGUCUUCGUGGUACUCCCUGUGGUCUUGUCGAUCUUGGCGGUCGUAGGAAAGUGGCUGGUUCUCGGCAAAGCAAAAGAAGGAGAGUAUCCUCUUUAUGGCGUUUACUAUUUCCGCUGGUGGACAGCAGAGCGCUUGGUUGGCCUGGCAAACCCGAAGCUUAUCGCCGACUCUGCACUGUACCCGAUAUUCCUCCGAGCCAUCGGCGCCAAGGUCGGGAAGUUCUGUCACCUCGGCGCCAUGGGUGUUGGCGCAGCUGCAGACCUUCUCGAAAUUGGUGACGAUGUUGUGGUAGGUGCAGAUGUCUGGAUGGCCGUCAGCGUGGUCGAGCGAGGCAGACUCAUCUUGAAGAAGGUCGUCAUUCACAAUGACGCCAAGAUUGGGUCCAACACUGUGGUUGAAGGCGGUGCCGUUGUCGAUGAAGCAGCUGAUAUUGGGCCACUUUCCAUGGUCGCCGAUGGUAUGCACAUCCCAAGCUGGCAACGCUGGCACGGAUCUCCUGCCCAGUUCGAGCGACAUUUGAAGGACGACGAAGCAGCACUUGGACCAAAGACUCGACCAUCGCUGCCACGAGCUAUGGCCAUGGCUACGGGCAACUUCUUCCUGGCUGUGUUUAUCAUACCACUCCUCUUCCUUGUGCCGCAGAUUCCAGGUCUAUUCCUGUUCGAUGCCGUUGACUUCCGAGACAUCAGCAACUGGGGACAAGUCGCAGUGCUUGCGAUGCCCAUCGCGCUUGCAUAUCAGUGUCUCGUCUUCAUCCAGUUCAUCGUCCUCCGGAGACUAUUCCUCGGCAAACUCAAGGAAGGAAAAUACAAAAUCUACUCUAGCUGGUACUUGCGAAAGUGGUUCCUGGACAGAGUCUUCGAUCUUGCACUUGGUGUCCUCCACCCUGUUUUCGCCACGCUGUACAUUGUCCCUUUCCUAAGGGUACUUGGUGUCAAGAUUGGCAAGAGAGCUGAGAUCUCUACUGCUCGCGGUCUAAGCUUCGAACUGCUGGAGAUUGGAGAUGAAUCCUUUGUUGCUGAUGCCGUCCUGAUGGGCGACAACGACGUACGCGGCAACGAGCUGAAGCUGAAGAAGACGACGCUCGAGAAGCGGGCGUUUGCUGGGAACGUCUCCCUAAUUCCACAAGGCACGACACUCGCUUCAGGCACCUUGGUGGGUGUCCUGUCCAUCGCACCACCUCUGGACAAGCCACUGCCCACCAACACGUCCUGCUUCGGAUCUCCUCCAGUAUUCAUGCCCGCCCGCCAGCGAAUCGAAGGCCACGCCGACCACCUCCUCUUCCGGCCCUCAAAGGCCCGUAUCGCAGCUCGUCUCACCAUCGAAGGUCUCCGCAUCGUCCUACCUCGCGCCCUCAUCGUCUUCGGCCUCGGUUUCUCCCUCCAGAUCGCCUACCUCGGCUACAGCGGUAUUGGCGCUGUUCACACACUCUUGAUGCUCCCAUUAUUUUAUAUGUUCAUGUUUGCUCUCCCGGCGCUAUUCUUCACUGUGGCGUUGAAGUGGAUUCUCAUCGGAAAGUACAAGCCGGUGGAGUGGCCGCUCUGGUCUCUCGAUGUGUGGCUGAGUGAGGCUGUCACUAGUACUUAUGAGACGAUCACCAUGGCUAUGUUGACGAACUUCCUGGUCGGCACUCCUUAUCUGGCGAUGUGCUUCCGGCUCUUUGGUGUCAAGAUUGGCAAGCGCGCUACGCUGCUUCAUCCUGACAUUACGGAGUACGACUGUGUCACAAUUGGUGAUGAGGCAAUGGUCAACAAGUCCUGUGGCGCACAAACACAUCUCUUCGAGGAUAGGAUCAUGAAGAUCGGCCGCGUUCACCUUGGCAACAGGGCUUGUCUCAAACCAUACUCGAUUUGCUUGCCGGGUAGUACAGUGUCCGACGAUGCACAGCUGGGCAGUCUGUCCUUGGUCAUGAAGAGUGAGACAUUACCUGCGACUACAGCAUGGGAGGGUGCACCUGUGCGGCCGAGAGGCAAGAGAAGACGAAGCCCAAUCUCGUCAAUGCAAAGCGCGGCCACGACGAGGACGUUUAGUGCUAGUACGCCGAGCUCACGGACGAGUUCGGAGAAGACUAGGGAGAAGGAGAAGCCCUGA